AUGGAUCUCCAUGAAAUUUCACUAGGAGGUUCAAUACACAAAAGGAAGAUUAGAAUUGAUUUUGGGGUUAUGUUUCCCAGUUCAUCCUCGAAUAAUGGCGGAACUUCCGGAUAUAAAAAUGGUAAUGGAAACAAUGGAACAACGAGUCAUACUGAGACACAUACCAGCAGUUCACAUACUGAAACCCAUACUAACGGUGGGAAACACACCGGCGGCAAUGGGAGUAAUGGAAACAACAGUACACACACUGUAACUAAUACCGACCAAAAUGGUAGUCAAACAAGUAAUACUACUAAUAACAAUGGAACCAGUGGUCAUAAUGGCACUAAAGGAAAUACUAAUGGGUCUAAUGGGGGUACCAUUCAUACGGAGUCUCAUACAAGUAAUACACACACAGAAACACAUACCGGUGGCGCAGGGGGUCAUGGAGGUAAACAUUCAUCUAGUUCAAGUAGUUCAAGCAGUAGUUCAAGCAGCAGCAGCAGCAGUAGUAGUUCUACUAGCAGCAGUACAACUACUAAUGGCACGAAUGGUCAUGGUGGAAAGGGAGGAAACAAUACCAGUUCACAUACUAGUACACACACUGAAACACACAGUAGUACUACCAACAACAGUCUGAAUAACAAUGGAAAACAGACCUCUUCUAGUAAUAACUCAAAUAGAAGCAACAGUUCUACACAGUCUAAUGAUAAUAACUCUGGUAAACUCAAUUCGUCAGCUAAUAAUUCCGGUAGUAGCAACAAUGCUUUGCAAUCAAGCACGAACAAUAGUGGAGCCAAAAAUAAAAAUUCCAAUUCAGGCGACCAAAGAAACAGCAGUUCUGGCAAGAACAGUACAAAUACAAGCAAUUCUUCUUCUAACACAAAUACUGCGAAUUCAGCAAACUCUUUCAACAAAAACUCUGCGGCAACGAAUACAAAUACCAGCAAUACAGCAAAUCAAAUGUCAAAUAACAACAAACAAACCGCACAGAACGUAAAUUCUAAUUCAAAUAUAGCAAAUCAAAAUGCAGCUUCAAAGAAUAGUACAUCUAAUCAAAAUACCAACCAAAGUUCAAAUACAGCUAAUAAUAGUAACAAUUCAAACAAACAAUUAUCAAGCAGUGCUCAUGCGUCAACAUCAGCUGUUAAAAUGCAUACUACUAAACGUAUGACUACACCGAAACCGACUACAACCCAAAGACCCACAACUACAAAGAAACCGACUACAACACAAAAGCCCACAACUACACCAAAACCGACAACGACCCAAAAGCCUACAACUACAACAAAACCGACAACGACCCAAAAACUUACGACUACACAAAAACCGACAACGACCCACAAACCAACACCUACACCCCAUCAUCAUCAUAUCCACAGGACCAAUCCUGUACAGAAAAUAAUAACAACUCAGAGACCGAAACCAACGACCAACAAGCCUACAAGCACAACACCAAAACCAACAACAGCCGUUCAUAAAAUUCAUAGAACACACCGUCCCGGUCCAACACCUCCAACCAUCCCACCAACGACCAAAGCGCCAUCUACAGCACAUAAAAUUAAUAGAACUCACCGACCUAGACCAACACCUCCAACCAUCCCACCAACGACCAAGGCGCCAUCUACAACACAUAAAAUGGUGAAAACACAUCGUCCAGGACCAACUCCUCCAACGAUACCUCCAACUACGCAUGCUCAAACAACACGUGCUGGACCUACGCCACCUACAAUGCCAGGAAGUACUGCUGGACCGACACCACCAACAAUGCUUGGAAAUACCGCCGGACCAACGCCACCUACAGUUGUUACAAAUACUGACACAGUAGUCAAAAAUAAAGUUACAACACCGAUGGCAAUCAUUAUCCUCAAAACAACAACGCCAGGCUGUCCCCCGUAUGAUGGUGCCACAUGUCCAGCAGAUUGCCAGUCAUAUGACAUGGAUUUCUGUCCAAUUUGUGACUAUUCUAUUUGUAGUGAGCAAUGUCUAGUUUUACCAUUGUCAUUGAGAUUGAGAUUACAGAUUGAACUUCUAAAUUUACCGAUCUUCCAAAUGGGAAGUGAUCGGUCUGUACAACAUUGGAUAAUAGGAGAACCACCAAAUGGUCUGAAUUGUACAGUCGUUGUCUUACAAAUUUGUGUGCGAUUGUCAGCUGUAUUUGAAUUUCAACAGUCUACAGUUCAUACAUAUCAUACUACAGUUCAACAGUCUACAGAUCAAACAUCUCAUACUACAGCUCAACAGUGUACGAUUCAUACAUCUCAUACUACAACUCAACAGUCUACGAUUCAUACAUCUUAUACCACAGUUCAACAGUCUACAGUUCAUACAUAUCAUACUACAGUUCAACAGUUUACAGUUUAUACAUCUCAUACUUUAGUUCAACAGUCUACAGUUCAUACAUCUCAUACUAAAGUUCAAAAGACUACAGAUCAUACAUCUCAUACUACAGUUCAACAGUCUACAGAUCUUACAUAUCAUACUACAGAUCAACAGUCUACAGAUCAUACAUCUCAUACUAUAGUUCAACAGUCUACAGAUUAUACAUAUCAUACUACAGUUUAA